GGUUUGUCAAGUCCCUUGAGCUCAAAAUACAAAAAUCGAAAUGGCAAGGAUAAGGAAAGUAACAAAAACGAACAGAGGUGUAAACGCCUGUAACGAAGAACUUGCUGAAAGAAGAUUAGAUAGAAAUUUGGUCGAUGUCAAUCUGUUGAACAGUAGGAAAUUAUGUAACAAUGACAGGAACAGACGUAUCCUGCUCACUUUGAAAAGUUACCCGAAUUUAUUUCAAAGUUACUACUUCUCCAACAAUUUCCUACCUACCAUGAGAAAAUAUUCGAUCUCUACAUCCACACAAACGUCUCAAAACGGAGGUUACAAUCAGGAAACUUCGACAGUAUCCACUCAAACCCACGUCCGGAUGCAGCAAAGUGAAAAAUUCAAUAUCAACAUUAAAAGUUCAAGAAGAUCGAAGUCUGACAGCAGUUUACUCAAGAACUUUUCACAGAAGGAAAAAAACAGGACAAACAAAUUGAACUCAGCAGAGGACAAUGAAACACUGAAAAAUCUUGUGAAUGAAUACAAGGAGAAGAUUAACAAAAAAAUUAUUUUCCUGCAUAGAAACGAAAAUAUAGGUAAACCUCAAACACUAAAAUCGAAAGUAGCAUUGAAAAAGGAAGGUAAUCGUUUGAUGCAACAUAAGAGGAUCAAUAAGAGAACACGAAUGAAGUUAAAAUCAAGGGUAUACACUAGAACAAAACCAAAAAGGCAAUCUUACAUCCACGAAAUGAACAGAAAAUUAACCGAAAAAGGAAAGUUGGAGAAGAACGAAGACUGUAGAGCUUCUUACCAUAAAUUCAUCGAUAAAGUGCAAAAGUACAGUUGGACGACAAUAUCAGAAUGGUCAUCUAAGCUGCUCACAAUAUUUUCAGACUUGGGAAUCAGUCUUACCAAGAGCGUAACGAACUUGUACAACUAUUACGAAUACCAAGGAUGUACGCCCUCAGAUACUCUAUGUUACUGUCGAGAUUUCCAUCACAAAAUAGACCAUUUAAUCUGGAAGAUGAACCAACUGGAAAACAACCUUUACAUAUCCCAAGCGAAACUGAACGAGCAACAGAGAAAAAUCGAAAACGCUGAAAGUUUAGAGAUCCAAAUCGAACAAAUGAGACGUAAAUUGGAAUCCUACGAUUCGCUCAAAGCAGAGUUGGCCGACCUCAAGAAGCGAUUGAACGGAAGUUCCGCCGCUGGUGCACCACCAACACCCCCAUUACCGCCACCUCCACCACCCCUACCUGUGUUCUCUCUGACAACGAACUGCGCAUCUAAAACCUUCCUGAGGGUUGAACAGAACGACAGAAAGUUGAUCAAUUACGAGAAUCCCAGACCGAUCAUAACUUUACAAGAUAUACUCAACGUUAAACUGAAGAAGAUUUCAGUGACCAAUGUUUAGGACAAUUCAACAGAAAUUAUUAGUUAUUUUUACAAUAUUAUAUUAUUUUAUACAGUAUUUGAGAUUGAUUGUAUAGCCAUUAAACAAUUUCAUUUAAAA